CUCAGAAUUGACAUGUCACGAAGCCACUGUGACCCACAUCAGUCAAACUGUUAGCUACUUGGGCCACGAGUCAAACAGGGUGUCUCAGCGGUCGCAGUGGACAUAAGUGAUCCGGGGAAGGAGAUAAAAACUACACACAAGACGCCCUCACCUGACUGCAAGCAGAGGAGUUUCCAGAGGAGCUAAAGUUUAGUCCUCACAGUGAAGAACCAGCCAGAGCUGCGAAGAAGCAUCAGCAGUGGAAACUCAGCAACUCCACUAAAAUACACAAAACUGACCAGGAACCUGAGUAUGGGGAGUCCAGGCUGUGAGCACACAAGCUGCACCACCCACUCGCCUCUCUACUUCAGUCACCCCCAUCCCCACCCCAGAUCAGCCUGGCUGGACGAGGCUGAGGACAUCAAACCGCCUCACGGUUUUCUGGGCUUCUCUGAGCUCUGCUGGUCGGGGGUCCACAUCCCACACAAUGACAGAUUAGCCACCGAGGAGAACUCCUGGGUGCUGAGAACGACAGAGGCCCCUGCUCCCCCUCCUCCCCCCUGCAGGUCUCCAGAGCAGAGACUUUUCGCUCCAAACCAAGCCCAGCAUCCCCCCUCAGAGAUGGAGGUUCAGGUGGAGGAGCGCUGCCUGGAGCAGGUCCAGACCAUGGUGGUGGGAGAGGUGCUGAAAGACGUCGACACCGCCUGCAAACUGCUCAACAUUGAACCGGAUCCCUUGGGCUGGAACUGUGUGCACGUUCAGAAGUGGCUGCUGUGGACCGAACACCUGUACAGGCUGCCUCAGGUGAGCAUGAUGUUCCAGGAGCUGAGUGGCAGAGAUCUGUGCUCCAUGACAGAAGCAGACUUCAAGCAACGCUCCUCACAGUUUGGAGACAUCCUGUUCGCUCAUCUGGACAUCUGGAGAUCAGCUGCAGCAAUGAAGGAACGCUGCCCACCAGAAGACAGCAAAUCUGCGGCUGAUGAGGACUCCUGGUCAGAUGUGAUGUGUAAUUUCCCCAACCAGCCCAUCCACCUGUGGCAGUUCCUGCAGGAGCUGCUGCUCAAACCGCGUAACUACAGCCGCUGCAUCCGCUGGCUCAACAAAGAGAAAGGAAUUUUCAAAAUAGAAGACUCAGCUCACGUUGCCAGGCUAUGGGGCAUCAGGAAGAACCGGCCAGCAAUGAACUAUGACAAACUGAGCCGCUCUAUACGUCAGUACUACAAGAAGGGUAUCAUUCGAAAGCCUGAAGUGUCCCGCAGGCUGGUCUACCAGUUUGUUAACCCUGUAGGAUGGUCAGCCAGAGGAGAAUGAACUGAGGGGCAAUUAAAGAGAUACUGGUCAUACAGCAGAAGAAUGAAGAACUCUGAAGCUCAUGCCAGUGACUGUAUUUGAUGUUUCAUUUCAAUUGUAAAGACUGCCUACUACAUCAUGCACUUCUGCCUAUUUCACUCUACUUUAUUAUUCCAAAAACUACAUUUUAUUAUGUUUGUCUCCUAUUUGGCUCUAAUGCUCAUGUUUAAAAUGGCUUUUUUUGGUGUGAGGUUUGGUUUUUCAAAUGGAUGCUCAGUUUUUUUUUCGCACUGAAGAUUUCAAACUUUGGGAAAUACAUUUAAACACUUUGUUGCUGGGGAUGAGAAGAUCAAUGCCAUCUGAGUAGCUGGAGGAAUAACGCUGUGGAAAAUGUCGGAUUGUUUUUACAUUUCACAUUAAACAAAGAACAUAUAGUGAACUUUAGAGGUGCUGGUACCUUUGGGAUUCCAGUAUUUGUGUUACACUGUGUUAACUGGCUGCUGGCUACAGCUGCAUAUUUCCCACAAAGACACAAGUAGAGUAUCAAUCUUCUCAUCUAUCAGAACUAAAGUGAAAAAGCAUUAUCUCCAGAAGUGUCAAACUAUCCGUUUAAAUCCUCUUUUUUAAAUAAUGACAUUUUCUUUUUCUCUAAUUCAAGUGUCAAACAUAUAGAAGUUGCAGAGCAAUGCCAAAACAAGUGAGCAUUUUAUCAAACCCACCUUGCUAAAUAGUCAUUUUUAUGGGCCUAUAUUUGGGUAUUUGUUCAGGCUCUACAAUAAAGCAGUAAAUUAUUAGCAAGAAUUGCCUCUUUUUCAUGGAACAGUCUCAAAUUCGCAUAUGCAGUCCGUACACAAAAAACACACAGACACUACCUUU